CGCGCGGCGCACCCUGCACAUGCGCAGUGCUCGCGCUGCCGCCACGGUCCCUGCCCCGGCAGAGUUGGCGGCGCGGGCACUGGUGUCUGGACGCGCAGCGCUAUGGCGGAGGGCAGCGGGGAAGUGGUCGCGGUCCCGGCGCCUGGGGCUGCCAACGGCCUCAGCAAUGGGGCAGGCGGGACCCCGGCGCCCACCAACAACCCGUUGUCGCGCAAGCUGCAUAAGAUCCUGGAGACGAGGCUGGACAACGACAAGGAGAUGUUGGAAGCUCUCAAGGCACUUUCAACCUUUUUUGUUGAAAAUAGUUUGCGGACUCGAAGAAAUUUACGUGGAGAUAUUGAACGUAGAAGUUUAGCCAUCAAUGAAGAAUUUGUAGGCAUUUUCAAGGAAGUGAAGGAGGAACUUGAAAGCAUAAAUGAAGAUGUUCAAGCAAUGAGCAACUGUUGUCAAGAUAUGACAAAUCGCCUACAGGCAGCAAAGGAACAGACUCAAGAUUUAAUAGUAAAAACUACUAAGCUUCAGUCUGAAAGCCAAAGAUUAGAAAUAAGAGCACAAGUUGCAGAUGCCUUCUUAUCUAAGUUCCAGCUGACUUCUGAUGAAAUGAGUCUACUUCGAGGUACAAGAGAAGGGCCUAUUACUGAGGACUUUUUCAAGGCACUGGGAAGAGUAAAACAGAUUCAUAAUGAUGUCAAAGUUCUCUUGCGUACAAAUCAGCAAACAGCAGGUUUAGAAAUCAUGGAACAGAUGGCCUUGCUUCAAGAAACAUCUUAUGAAAGACUUUACCGAUGGGCUCAAAGUGAAUGCAGAACAUUGACACAAGAAUCAUGUGAUAUAUCUCCAGUAUUAAUGCAGGCAAUGGAAGCCCUGCAGGAUAGACCCAUCUUAUAUAAGUAUACCUUAGAUGAAUUUGGAACAGCCAGAAGAAGUACAGUUGUUCGUGGAUUUAUUGAUGCUCUUACAAGAGGGGGCCCAGGAGGUACACCUAGACCUAUUGAAAUGCACUCUCACGACCCUUUGAGGUAUGUGGGAGAUAUGUUGGCUUGGCUCCAUCAAGCUACUGCUUCUGAAAAGGAACACCUUGAAGCGCUCUUGAAGCAUGUAACUACACAAGGUGUUGAAGAAAGUAUUCAAGAAGUUGUUGGGCAUAUUACCGAGGGUGUGUGCAGGCCUCUAAAGGUUCGAAUUGAACAAGUAAUAGUUGCCGAACCUGGAGCAGUUUUACUAUAUAAAAUUUCUAAUCUCCUCAAAUUUUACCACCAUACAAUCAGUGGCAUUGUUGGAAAUAGUGCAACUACGUUGUUGACUACCAUUGAAGAAAUGCAUUUGCUAAGCAAAAAAAUAUUCUUCAAUAGCUUGAGUCUUCAUACAAGUAAAUUAAUGGACAAGGUUGAACUUCCACCACCUGAUCUUGGACCAAGUUCUGCACUAAAUCAGACACUGGUGUUGCUGCGUGAGGUUUUGGCAUCUCAUGAUUCUUCGGUUGUACCACUAGAUGCUCGUCAGGCUGAUUUUGUGCAGGUUUUAUCAUGUGUCUUGGAUCCUCUUCUCCAGAUGUGUACUGUAUCAGCCAGCAAUUUAGGCACAGCUGACAUGGCCACAUUCAUGGUCAAUUCUCUGCAUAUGAUGAAGACCACACUAGCUCUAUUUGAAUUCACUGACAGACGUCUGGAAAUGCUACAAUUUCAGAUUGAAGCACAUUUGGACACACUUAUAAAUGAGCAAGCAUCUUAUGUUUUAACUAGGGUAGGCUUGAGUUAUAUUUAUAACACUGUCCAGCAACAUAAACCUGAACAGGGUGCUUUAGCUAAUAUGCCCAACCUAGAUUCCAUGGCACUGAAGGCUGCAAUGGUUCAGUUUGAUCGUUACCUGUCAGCCCCAGACAACCUGUUAAUGCCACAGCUGAACUUUCUGCUAAGUGCCACAGUGAAAGAGCAGAUUAUAAGGCAGUCCACAGAAUUAGUCUGCAGAGCCUAUGGUGAGGUGUAUGCAGCUGUGAUGGAUCCAGUCAAUGAAUACAAAGAUCCAGAGAGCAUCCUACACCGGUCGCCGCAGCAAGUGCAGACACUUCUUUCUUAAUUACCUUACUGGAUUGUGAUAGCAAAGCAUUGCAUCUCUAAAACACUACAUUAUUUUGUUCUUUAGUCCAUUAAUCUUUACUUUGAAAUGUAAUAGUUCCAUUUUUCUUUGUAUCAUAACAUUAUGGGUCCCAAUGAUUCAUUUUGGUCUCAAUAAUAUGGAAGUAGGUAACAAACAUGUCAACCUGAGAUAGUAAUGCUCUGUAUCUUCCCUCUAUACAGAGAUGCACUGUUCUUUGCUAGCUGCCUCUCCAGCUCUGUAGCUUCCCCUCUAUUCUGAAAGCAAAACGUAGUAUGAAAGGUUUGAGGGAUUUUCUUUUUUUCCAAGACUAGUUCUAAAUUAAUAGCAUAUAAAAAAUUUAUCUAAACUUAAUAAUUAGUAAGAGGAUAUGAUCUAAUAAAUGUCUCUGUAAUAAAGAUUCAUUUGCUUUCUUAUUAAUGUAAGUAGGUGUACUUAGUAGCUUUUUGGACCUAGCCUAUGUCACGAUCCUUAAAGAGUUGUUACAAAAGAGCAGUGGAUUAUGCGGCUGCUGUACUUAGCAGUGAAUCUCCUUUCUUUUUUGUUCUAGCACACUGUAUAUAAUUGCCUACACACAUUUUUGUGCAAUUUUAAAUAUACACUAAGCAAAAAAGGAAAAAAAGGAGAAAAGUAACUUAAGCAGGGUAGAUUCCACUCUGUGGGUGCCCUGGAAGGAACUCAAGGGGAGCUCAGCACAUCAGAUGAGUUUAGGCAGGCAGGCAGCCAUAGCUGCAUCUAAGUUUAGUGUUUAAAAAUAGAUUGUUGUCAUUCAAUAUGGAUCCUAAAUCCAACCAACUGCAGAUUUUACCUGGUGUCUAACCCAAAGAAACAAUGAUCUUCUAACAAUGGAGGAAACGUUGCCAGAGGAAGAGUUGCAGCUGGCAG